AUGAGGCAGUUUCAGUCUUUCAGCACGUCUAUUCAGGCAGCUCUGAGCACGCCUGCAGCCUCAAAAGCCUCGGCGGGUGACCAGGCAGGCCAGGCGCGUACGACUGGCCCACAACCCUCGAGUCAGCCCACAAGCGUGGGCUACGAGGAGCCCGAAAACUUCCUCGAGAUUGAAGUCCUGGAUCCGCAGACCCACUUUCCUAGUGGCGACUCUACGCGUGGAAUGUAUACGGAUUAUGUUGUGGUAUGUCGCACUAAUCUACCUAGCUUUCCCAAACGCUUUUCCCAAGUAAGAAGACGCUACAGUGACUUCGAGUUCUUUAAAAAAUGCCUUUUCAAAGAACUAUCAAUGUCGAGCCAUCCAAGGGUCGUGAUUCCCUCAUUACCAGGCAAGAUUCUUUUAUCAAGACGGUUCAGCGACGAGGCAAUUGAAGAGAGGAGACAGGGCCUAGCGCGGUGGUUGUCCAGUGUUGCUGGUCACCCGCUACUUCAAAGUGGGUCGCGCGUUCUGGUACGGUUUUUGCAGGACGAUAGCUUUACAGGAUAA